AUGUCUGAAAAAUCCACUAGACCAAAAAUUCCCCCGCGGGACAAAGACCGCCCUGUUCCACAGGCAGUGAUAUCUAAAAGUUUACGAAUCUACCCUCCGGGUUCUCAAGGGUUCCCUCGCAAUACUCCGCCUCAAGAAGGCAUCGUGGUUAGUGGGACCUACGUUCCAGGAGAUGUCGAAGAAUAUACAUCUGCGUGGUCAGUCACGCACGACCCACGCUAUUUUCAUGAUCCCUUCGAGUUCAAGCCAGAGCGCUGGUUGGAUUUUGAAUGCACCAAUAAUAGAGAAGUUAGUCAGCCUUUCUCUUUAGGGCCUAGGGGAUGCCUAGGACGUAAGUAA